AACACUAGUAAAUUAGUGAAUAAAAAAAAUGGUUAAAAUCAAGUUUAUGACAACAUGGUUUAAAAUUGCAUUGUUAUUGGGUGUUUUUGGUUUUUUAAAAGAAUUUCGACCAUCAGAACCAUAUAUUUAUGAAUAUUUGACAAGUACACAAUGGCACAAUUUAACCGAAGAGGCUGUGAUGCAAGAUAUCUAUCCGGUUGCUACAUACAGUUAUAUUGCUCUAUUAAUAUUUGUGUUUUUAAUAACCGAUUUUUUACGUUAUAAGCCGUUAAUUGUAUCGUUAAGUGUUUCGGGUAUUGUUAUUUGGUCGUUGUUAUUAUGGGCACGUGGUGUAAUUUUUAUACAAAUUGUCGAAGUUAUUUAUGGAUUUUUUAUGGCAGCUGAAGUUGCAUAUUAUACAUAUAUUUAUGCAAAAGUACCAAAAGAACAUUAUCAAUUUGUUACAUCAUGUACGAGAAUCGCUAUUUUAUCUGGUCGAUUUACAUCCGCUGUGGUUGCACAAUGUUUUAUUUAUUUUCAUAUUUUAAACAUCAUGCAAUUAAAUUAUUUAAGUUUUUCAGCAAUGAUAUGCGCCACAUUUUGGUCUUGGGUUUUAUUACCAUCAGUAUCCAAAAGUUUAUACUUCAACUCACCUGAAACAAGUAACUUAAGUAUCAAAAAGAAAAGUAAGCUUGCAUUCUCACUACUUUGGGAUCAUACAAAAACAGCGUAUACCAACUUAAAAAUCAUAAAAUGGUCUUUAUGGUGGGCAAUGGCAACAUGCGGUUUUCUACAAGUGGAAAGUUACAUACAACCGUUAUGGUUAACAUUAUCUCCCGAAACGGAAGAGGGUACAGAAAAUAUUGAGAAAAACAUGUACAACGCAGGUGUUACAGCUAUUCUAACCAUAAUUGGUGCACUUGGAUCUGUGGUAGCUGGAAUGGUUAAAAUCGAUUGGGAUAAAUAUGGUGAAAUUAUAUUGGCCGUAUGUUCGACAAUUGGCGGCUGUGGAUUAAUUACAUCAGCAUUAACUGACAGUAUUUGGGUUUCGUAUUUAGGGUAUAUCAUAUUUGGGGCCUUGUAUCAUGUUAUGAUCACAGUCGCCAAUUUUAUUGUCGCAUCGGAUAUACCUGAAGAUAGUUAUGCCUUAAUAUUUGGUAUAAAUACAUUUUUUGCAUUAAUAUUUCAAGUAUUUUUAAUACAGAUUGUUGUCUCCGAUAAUGGUCUGGCUUUUGGACCACAUAAUCAAUUUUUGACGUAUGGUGGAUACCAUAUCGCAAUUGCAUGUAUUUUUGUAGUAUUUUAUAUUUUCGAACAUGUAUUAUUUAAGAAACGAUCCUCAAAACAAACAGAAAGUAUUACACUUAACACAAUUGCUUCCUGAUGUCAUAUUUUUGAUGUGACAUUUUAAAGACAUAACGUUUUAAAUCAUAAAAUCUUACCUCAUCGCUGGAUUUACCGAUGUGGAGACCUGUGUACAAAAAUUUUGUGGAGGUCUACAAAUGCACAGAAAACUUUCAACAGCUUCAUCUACACGUAGAUUUUCACAAAAUGGAUAUCCAAUGUCUUUAAUUUUAAUAACAGAACAAAAGUUGACCAUCAUUGAAAUUUCCAAUAAAAAACUUUAUUUCCCAUAGGGUCCAGUGUCUAAAUCCGGCGCUGUCUUACCUAGAUUUUCAUAUAGUGUGGCAAAAUCACUUAAAAAAUGUACUUUAAUUGUUGAAACUAGUUUAAUUGUUUGUAAAUACUCAAUAUAAUUUGAAAAUAGCAGCUCAAUUUGUAAAUUUAAGAUUUUAAGAUAAAACAAAUGUUCCUGAAUACAUCUCUGAUUUUAUAGGUAUGUAAUAAAAAAUAAAGAUAUUUUUUUAGUAAA